AUGGGGAUUUUUCGCUCCGAGACCAUGUGCCGAGGAACCCUCGUCCUGCCGAGCGAAGGCGCGCGCGACUUUCUCGACGCGAUCGGCUCUCGAGUCCAAGUCCAAUUUGUGGACAUGAACGCGCAGUCCCUCAGCCGCCAGUACAAGCGCUACGUGCAGCGCCUGGAGGAGAUGGAGAGAAUUCUUCGCUUUUUGUUUUCGGAGAUCGAGAAGCACACGUCGACAAAGUUGGAAGAUCGCCUGGAUCUCGACGCCUGCGAUAGCGACGACUCGCUCUCGGACUGCGACAUUGAUUUCGCAGCCCCUUCGCGUCCCGCGCUACGCCCGUCGCCGACUCUUUCGGGCGCUCGCGAGACGCGACUCGGCGACAGAGCGCUCGCCGAGGCAGCGCUCGAGGAGGGAGGACACUGGAGAACCUUCUCUCGCCGCGACCGUUCCCAGUCUCGAGAGAGAAGCGAGAGGCGAGAAGGCGAGCUCAGGCACUUUGCCUGCCGGGGGACCGGUGGCGGCUCUGCGUUCCAACUCGACAAAGUGGAAGAAGCUCUGAACAAGCUGUACACGCAGUUUGUUCGCUUCUCCCAAAACAACGAAGACUUGCUCCGACAAAGAAAUGCAGCGAUUGAAGAAACCAGCCUUCUCCUCCUCGCUCGGCACCAACUCGCGCUCCCUGUCCACAGCGGCCGAGCAGCGAGACUCUCAGCUGCAGGGAUUCUCGACGGAUCUGCCCUCACCUCCGACCUUCGUCGGCCUUCCUCGCCGCUCUUCGAAUCCACGGCCAGCCUGUCUCUCCUCGAGGCCGGGACAUCGGGCCUCUCAGGACGCACCGAGGCUGGAGCCCUAGGCGGUCGCGGCGCCUCGCCCCACGUCCCCCAGCGCCUCGACGGCUUCGGCGAAGAACUGGGUUCCGAGUUUCGGUCCAUGGCCUUCUCCUCCGUCGCCGGUGUCAUCAACAGCUGCGACCAGGAGAAGUUCGCACGCGCCCUUUUCCGGUCGAUGAGGGGUAACGCGUACACAUACUUCCAACCUGCCGAUCUGCGUGACUUCCCCCCGGACUACGCAACGACGCUCAAGUCGAAGUCUCUCUUUGUCACCUACUACCAAGGAGGGCGUUCGCCUUCGUCCGCCGCGUACGAGAAAGUUAUACGUCUGUGCGCAGCCUUCAACGCGCGAUGCUACGCGUGGCCUUCGUCCUACGAAGAAGCUGAGAAGCGGUUCGUUGACGUCUCGACCCUCCUAGCAGACAAGGAGAAGGCUCUCCAAGCUUACGAGCAGUACUUCCUCUCGGAGAUCUCGAUCCUCCUCGAGCCUGUCGACAUGAGUUCCGAGUUGGGGAGGCGGGGACCGCGCAGGCCGCUCAUCGAGGAGUGGCGGAGAUUCUGCGUGAAAGAAAAGGCGAUCUACGCGACACUCAAUUUCUUCGAGGCGAGCGACGUGACCAUUCGCGCCGACUGCUGGUUCCCCGCUCAAGACGAAGCGAAGCUGCGCGUUGUCCUUGCGGAGCAAAGCAACAAAAGCCACGCCUCGGCGUUCCUACUUCUCCACCCUCCCGCGUCUUCUCCGUCGCCGCCGACCUUCUUUCGGCUGCCACCGUUUCUCACCCCGUUCCAACAGCUCGUGGACACGUACGGCGUGCCGAGAUACAAAGAGGCGAACCCCGCAGUGUUUGCAUGCGUUUUCUUCCCCUUUUUGUUCGGCGUCAUGUACGGCGAUGUAGGCCACGGCUUGAUUCUCGUCCUCAUUGCCGCGGGGCUUUUCUACAUCAAAGCGAACAACCGCGUACUGCGAAUGAAAGGCGAAAUGAUAGACAUGCUCCUGGAAGGAAGACACCUCAUCCUUCUGCUCGGCGUGUUUGCGACGUACGCGGGAAUUAUCUACAACGAUGUGCUUUCUCUGGGCGUCGAUCUCUUCGGCUCUCGAUGGCAAGUCGCCUCGCCGACCUUCGACGACGGCCGGAGUGACAUCGCCUUUCCUGCGGCCUCGUCGCCCGCUGGGCCGGCGACUUUCCACGAACGCGACGGGGAGAAACUGGAACCGAUGACAGAGGGUUUCCCGUACCCCGUCGGAUUCGAUCCGGCCUGGAAAGGCGCUGUAAACGAGCUUCUCCUCUUCAACUCCUUCAAAAUGAAAUUCUCCGUCAUUGUCGCCUUCUUCCAGAUGCUUUUGGGAAUCGUACUGAAGGCGCUGAAUGCGCUCUACUUUCGUCAGUUUCUGGAUUUUUUCUUCGAGGCGCUUCCCCAGCUCUUCCUCUUUGUCGCUCUAAUAGGCUACAUGACCUUCCUCAUUCUCUUCAAGUGGCUGACGCCUGUGGAUGCCUACGCGAAACCUUCCCUCAUCAACGUUCUCAUCGACAUGCACAUGGGCGGUGCGCAGCCCGACCCUUCGCUCAUCAUGUUUGACGGCCAAGCCGAAAUCCAACAAGUUUUGCGACUCGUGGUCGUGCUGUGCAUUCCGGUGAUGCUGCUGGCGAAACCGCUGUGGCAGCUGUACAGACAGAAGCGGGCGUCUCCGACUGCGCGUGCGCUGCAGAGCUCCUCGAGCUUCGCGUACCAAAUGCAUCGCCCGGGAGGGAGUCGUCCGGCGUCUCCGGGGGAUGCGCCUCUCGCAUCUCCCUUUGAGGAGGAGCGUGAGAGCCUCGUCGUUGUCUCUUCUCGUGCGCUUCCUGGUGGCAGAGGAAGGUCAGCGGAGCGAAGUCUUGAGAACGGCGAGGCCGUGACGAGCUCGCCGCCUCUAUCCUUCUCCGUCUCUCAGGCGCCGCGUCCAGUUCGAAGUGCGAGGAGGGAAAGACGUCGUGAGGAAGGCCUGGAUUUCGACGACGACCGCGAGUCGGUCGCGAGCGGGACCGACGCGGAAGAGCAAAUCAGCGAAGUUUUCAUCCAUCAGAUGAUUGAAACCAUCGAGUUUGUCCUCGGGACCAUUUCCAACACGGCCAGCUACCUCAGGCUCUGGGCACUUUCUCUUGCGCACCAGCAACUCGCCCUCGUCUUCUUCGAGAAGACCAUCGGCCUCGCUCUCCAACCCGGGACGAAUGGAUUCGAAAUGACAGUUAAAUUUGUGCUUCUUUUCCCCGUCUUCGCACUAAUCACCUUCUUCGUCAUGGUCGGAAUGGACAGCCUCGAGUGUUUCCUCCACGCCUUGCGUCUCCAGUGGGUCGAGUUCCAAGGCAAGUUCUUCAAGGCAGAUGGCCACGCCUUCGCCCCCCUCAAUUUCAACAAAAUCCUCCGAGAGUCCCGGUCGCAAGGAUCGUGA